UGAUUGGCCCAACCCCGCGCCAUUGACGCCGAUGAAUGGCGCCAGUAUUUACUUUGGACUUGUAGUUUGUAGGCCCUGUCCUGGUUACGGGCGUAGCUAAGGUGUUCACCCAUGUGAUGGAAUAAUUAAAAGACCCGCUAAUAGUUACUGCCCUGCCGCCUUUGCCACCGCCUGAAACUGUCACCGAGAACGGAAAAAAAUCAUGUGCCUUUUGUUUGUGUAAGAAGCAUAGCCUGUUGCAUUGAGAACGCGGCGCUUCACAAGAGACUCGGGGUGACUGAGGAGCAGCCAGCGGGCCGGAGGCCACAUCACUUCAGGAAAUGAGUAUACAGAUUAACCUAAGGAAUACUUUGCCCCAUAUGAUGGAAGUCGGAUUCCCACCAGAAAAAACAAUACUUUCAAGGCCUCCAGAACAAAUGGUCACUCCUAUAAGCUUUCCCAAAACAAGAAUUGCUCUUUGGGAUGCAAUGCCAGUUGGUGAAGCCAUUACCCUGCACCUUUCAUAUUACAGAAAUCCCAAACUGCUUGUAGCAGAGAAAACAUUACGGCUGGCCCAUCGUAAUGCCAAGCAAAGCAACAAAAAUUACUUUCACUGUUUCCUCCUGGGAACUGUAGCAGUUGAUGAUGAUGAGGAAGGAGUCACCUUGAUGCUGGACCGCUUUGACCCAGGCCGUGAGACCGCAGGCUCACCAGUUAAGGUGCCUACUGCCAUGUUACCUGAAGACUUUAUUGUUCCCUGCACUGUUGUUUCGCAAAGCCCUGCUGACGAAGGGGUCAUUGUUCAUUCUGAGGAAGAUUUCAACAUUGCCUUCAAGAUGCUCCAACAACAUUGCUGUAGCAGAGAAACCUUAAGCCCUACAAGGCUUCUUGCUAUGAGGUCUCGUCUGUGCUGGACUGAGAACAUGGAUAACAUAAAUUUCAGCCUUCACUGGAGAGCUGUGACAGUUGCCAACACUUUUGAUGUUACUCCAGUUCGACCUAUAUCAAUUAUUCCUACAGCACUGGCACGGAAUUUAAGCAGACCAGUGAACAUUGCUCAUGUUCAGGGCACAUGCAAAUACGGCUUUCUUACAAUGGACCAAACUCGUCAACUGCUGCUUAUUCUAGAGUCCGAUCCUAAGGCUUACACGUUGCCUCUGGUUGGAAUAUGGUUAAGUGGCAUUACCCACAUUAAUAGCCCUCACGUUUGGGCUUUGUGUCUUCGAUACCUGUAUAGCGCCUCUAUUCAAGACAGGGUUCUUUCUGAAAAUGGGAAUUUUCUGGUAGUCCUGUAUUCACUUUCCCAUAAGGAUCCAGAGUUUUAUGAGUGUCAUCUUUGUAGUGGUCAGCAGAAACUUGGAUUCCAGUUGCUGACAAGUACAGAGUACAUUAACUUGUUUAAGAACGUGGCGCCAUCGGACCGUCCUGUGCAGUUUGAACUAAGUGCAGAAGACCAAAACCAGGAGACUGACUUUUUUAAGCAGGUGUCAACUCGGCUGCCCCCGACAUGGUCUAGGGAAAGUUCACCUAGGAGCAAACUGUCAUUGACCGAUCAUGAUUCAGGUGUUGAGGAUGAGGAUUUUUCUCCUAGGCCUUCACCAAGUCCACAUCCUGUAGGCCCGCAGUUUAAGCUGAUCCAUCCAUCUGUGCCAGAGCUUUCACUUGUCUUUGAUGGCAGUUUUCAAGAAGCAAGAAAGGCUACACGAACCUCUCCAAGUUUUUUUCCAAGUUCUGGAGUUCAGCAAACAAUUAAAAAUUCUAAUUUGCCAAACUUGCAAGAACUAAUGCAAGAAGGUCGGAGGCCAAGUGUUGGGCCACCACCAAUAAGGCGCCCAUUGGCUCCUGUUAAUCAAACCAAUCAAGGAAAACCAGGCCCAACUCAAAACAAGCCAGCAAAUAGGAAAGGAGGACCAGUAGUAAGAAAGAAUUCUGGAUCUUCAGCCUCUUCGGUCUCCUCCACUUCUUCCUCAUCCACACCACAGAGUAGCCCUUCUCCUAAUAGCUCCACUCAUCAGGUAAAGGUGCAUUUGACAUCUGGCAAGAGUUGUCCUCCUCCCUCGUCCAGACAAGGACGGCCAAGUGUUGAGAAACGUGCUUCUCCUGCAAGACCAUCUCAUAGGAAUGUUCCACAUGGUCUUGGCAGUCUGCCUCAAACUCCCUCUCGCCCCUCUGGCAUUCAUGUUCCAUUUCCAAGCCCACACGGACACCCUGCCAGUAUGUGUAAUGCUUGCCCAAAUCAUGCACGUGCUCCUUGUUGUCCAAUAAAUUCAUGGCAACCUCCUCCCAAUGUUGUUCCUCCAGGUCCUUUCUGUUGUCAACCAGAUUCAGUUGCUCAUGAAGGAAAUCUUCCAGCCUCGCACCCGCAUCUGAACUUUCAGCCUAAUUUUCAUUGCAGCCCUAUUUGUAAUUCAAAUAAUCAUGGGGGACUUCCUUCUCAUAGUAUCCCAAGUAGUUUCUCCCCUGUCCAUGAGGCCUUGCCAACAGGAACUCCAAAAAGCCACCCAUGCAGUGGGAAUCCUUCCUCUAUUCAUACCACAUCUCCGCCAGUUUCUCCGCACCUUGUAGCAGAUAAGACUGUACCACUAACUGCUGAUGCCUACAGGAUUCUUCUAGAACAGGACAAGCAGCUGAAAGAACUGCAGGCUCAGAUUCGAAAGAUACUUGAGGCUCAAAGUAACUCGGAAGGCUCCAGUGCAAAGGGCUUGUCUUCUCUCCAUUCAUCACCAGAAAUUGGCAUGGAAACUCAAAGUGUCCAGAAGAGAAAUUGUGUUAGCAUUGCUGUUAGCACAGGUGCCAGCCUAUUUUGGAACUCUCCAAUUGAAGAGGAAAUGCAGAAUACCGAAAUCCUAGAUGCAGAGGUACAAAAUGCCAGUGACGAAAUGAAUAUCUUCAGCACAGCAAAGGCUACCACUGAAGAGAGCAUGACCACAUCUUUGAAGGCAGUGGACUCUCCAAGUGUUAUGGAAUGUACCCACAUCUCAGACUCUCAAAUUUCAACAGCCCAUGUUUGGAAUGGCCGUAGUUCCCAAAAUGCUGUCCACCAAAGUCCAGUCCUCCGUGAAAGAGGAAGCAUGUGUUUACAGCCAUUUCCACUAGAGGGUGCCAGAAUGGCACUUAAAGAAGAUGGAAAUGGUGGCUGCUUGAUACCCAGGGAGGUGAAAAGUGAACAAAAUGUUUAUCGGGAGUUGCAAGGCCAGGUGAACAACUACUUAAAUGUUUCUUCAAAAAGAGAGGAAGAAACCAGCUGUACACCAGCCCCCAUUUGCCACAAAUUGCUGGAUUUGCCUUCUGAGCCCCAAGAGAGAAGAGGCAGCUGCACAAAAAAGAAACCGGAAGUCCGGGAAGGCCAGAAUGACAAACGCAAGGUCAUGAAUGCCAUUUCCAAACAUUUAGAAGAACUGGGUGUGUCCGUUGAUUUGGACAUGAAAAACAAGAAGGAGGGAAAUGCUAAAGUGGAGAGUGCCAGCACCCUGGCCUCCAUUAAUAUUGACGCAGUCAUCCCUCAGCUGAACUACAUGUCCUUUGCAAAUGUUGGAAUGAGCAGCUGUGGAUCCAGUGCAGUUGACUUAAGUCUUGAGGCGAAUGCCAUUGCCUUGAAGUACCUCAGUGAUUCCCAACUCUCACAGCUGUCUUUAAGCAGAGGCACCCCUAAAAAUAAUGACCAGCAGACAAUCUACAGCAUUCUACAGCCUAAAUCUGAAGAGAAAAAUUCAGUCGGACUGUCCUUCAUGUCACCCAGCAACAUGUCUCUUGCUACCAAGAAAUUUAUGAAAAGGUUUGGGCUCAUUGAGUGUGGUGAAAGCAGCGAAGAUGAGGAAGAGGACCAUUCUGCUAAAAGAAGUGAAACCGUUUUUCCUCCUGCACCUUCCUUUAACUUGAGCCAUGGACCAGCAUUAGGCAGGUCACCUCUGAACUUGCAACAAGAGGUUGAGUCUGCAGGACGCAUCAGUGAAGGAGAAGGAAAUAUACUGAGAAACAUUACAAAUGAAAUUGUACCGCCUGAAACAUCAAAAAUCGAGGCUCAGCAGCUGCUUAAAGAUCUGAAGCCCAUAAUGAAACUCCUAGCAGCCAAGACUUGUGUUGCUACCAAUUCUGAAAAAGAAAACGGGAUUCAGUUGUUCCCCGAGAAGCUGCAAGUUGGCUCUCCAGAAAUACACAGGCGUGCAGGGCCAGGCGACUCUGUGGAGAACAUUCUGGACAUAAACCGGCUUAAAAAACUACCCAAGCUCUUCUGAAGUUUAAAUUGUGCCCAUUCUGCAUUGACUCUGCUAGAGUAAUAAAAUUAUGAUGAUUAUGAAUGUUUACACAAUGAAUAGGCUUGUUAUGGCUCUUCUGUCUGUUCUUAAAUGAGGCGCUUUGAAAGCACUUUCUCUGUAUGCUUAAAGGAUGUUGGACAAGGCAUAUUGAAACAAUGCUCUGUAACUUUACUGUUCCAUAUUGGAUAACCGUCUGGUCAUUUUUAAAAUGAUUUGAUAUUAGGUUACACAUCUCUGUUUUUAACCCUGAACAGUAACCUUCCUACUGGUGUGUUGUAGAUUGGCGCAGGGUCAGGUCAGUGCAUGAAUUGUAUUUGGUGGUUCUUAUCAUGCAAAUUCAUGUGCACACACUGGUCAAGACCCUGAAAACAUUGUGGUUUCCCUUUAUUGACCGCAGUUUCCAUGAAACAUGUUAAGAUCUAAUGCACAAGUACUGUGGUCACAGGUAAGGACCUUUUAUGAAGCGGAGUCAUUUAUAGUCUUCUGACUUCCUCCUUUCCUUGUAGAUCAUUGUGAACGUAAGCCAUACAUUGAUAUGAUGCAGAGAAAACUGCCUCACUCUCUGCUGCUUAUUGUCCUGUCACAAACACAGGAAAUGUCCCCUAUAAAUCACCUUAUGCCACUGUGUCUGUGUUGAUUUGUGUGAUUCUUUUCUUUUAGUUCUUUGUAAUGGCUUAUCCAAUCUCUCUGUGGGUCGGUAUUUUCUUGUUUUUCUGCUGUGAUUGCCGUCCUGUUUCACACCUUUUUCUUUUGUGCUGCAUUUAACAAUUUGUUGGUGUAGUUGGUAGACCAUAGAAAUAAUUGGGAGUACCCAAUCAUCUCCUCAAAAAAUAUUAGAUUUUUUUGUUGUUUGUUUGUUCUCCCCACCGCUUCAGUUGCGCCCUUUUCUAACGAGUCUAAAUAUACUUGGAGUGGAGCUGAAAGUGCCUUUCAUUGUAUUUGUGAUGCAUCUUCAUUGGCAUACGUUUACUUUACCUCUUUGAUCCUGGUGCUCCCAGAUUUGCUUCUGGUUUCUGGCAGUCAUUGUGUUUGGGCAAUUUGGACCUUAUGGACGGUGUGACCAAAAAUCAGUGUUAAUACAAAAAAUAACUAUUCCUGUAAAGUUGUUUUAAGAUUUUUAAACUAAUUGGAGGCGAACCCCACAAAAUGUGUGUCAAAUUUUACAGGCGUGUAUAUUUUAUGUAAAGUAUUUAUAAAGGUUUUAAUUUUAUUUUUCAA